AUGGCCGCCAAAAACGGCGCGCUGACGCUCACCAGCGACGAUGUCAAUUACCUGGUGUACCGCUACAUGCAGGAGUCUGGCUUCCACCAUGCGUCUUUCACGUUCGCGCAUGAGAGCCAGGUGCAUCGGACCAGCAUCGACCCCAACCUCGUGCCAGCAGGCGCGCUUGUGGCCUUUGUCCAGAAAGGCAUGCAGUACAUGGAGAUGGAGGCCAACAUAGAGUGGCAGCAGCGGCGGCGGCAGCGGCAGCAGCAGCAGCCACAGCAGGCACAGGCCCAGCAGCGGCAGCAGCAGCAGCAGCAGCAGCAGCAGCAGCAGCCGCAGCAGCCGCAGCAGCAUGGUAGUCUUGCCGCAUCUUUGCAUUCUGCUCUGGAGCUGCCCGUGCAGGCGGACGGCGUUAUUGAGGGCGACUUCACCAUGCUGUCGCCGCGUGAUCUGAUGACUAAGGACAUUGACGACCUGCGGCAGAUGGUGCAGGAGCGCCGCGAGCGGGCUGCAGAGCGGCAGCACGCAGCGGCGCGGGGUCGCGAGCGGAAGCGUGACCGAGGCGGCGGCGGCGGCGGCGGUGGCAGCGGAGGCGGGGGUGGCAUUGGCGUCAAGGAGGAGCGGCAGCAGCAGCAGCAGCAGAACCAGCAGCACCGGGACCGGGAUAAGGGGCCCAAGGAGCGGGACAAAGCUGCGGACAAGGAGGAGGCCAGCGGCGCGGGGCCCAGCAGCAAGGGCGCGGGCAGCGGCAGCGGCGGCGCGCAUGGCAAUGGGCCAGCGCCCAUGGAGGAGGACGGCCUGGUGUCAAACGUGGACAUCACAAACGUCACCACGCUGAAGGGUCACGACGGGGAGGUGUUCACCUGCGCGUUCAGCCCCACUCACGACCUGGUGGCCUCGGGGAGCGGCGACGCCACGGCGCGCAUCUGGGACCUCACGCCCGGCCCCAGCUGCGGCAUAGCGCGCGUUCUGGACCACCCGCCUGGCGAUGACUCGUCCAAGGGGAAGGACGUGACCACGCUUGAGUGGGACCCCGACGGCGUCCUGCUGGCCACGGGCGCAUACGACGGCAAGGCGCGCGUGUGGACCAAGGAGGGCAAGCUCAAGGCGACGCUGGAGCGGCACACGGGCCCGGUGUUUGCGCUGCGCUGGAACAAGCGCGGCGACCUCCUGCUGACCAGCAGCGCGGACGAGAGCACCGUCGUGUGGGACGUGGCCACCAGCAGCGUGCGGCAGCAGUUCUCCUUCCACGGGGCGGCCGUGCUGGACGCCGACUGGCGCAACGCCAGCCAGUUUGCGACCUGCUCCUCCGACAACAACAUCCACCUCUGCAAGCUGGGCAGCGAGAGGCCCAUCAAGACUUGGACGGGCCACACCAAUGAGGUCAACGCCGUGCGGUGGGACCCCGCCGGUAAGCUGCUGGCCUCCUGCAGCGACGACGCUACCGCCAAGGUGUGGCAGGCCAACCGCGACGCGCCGAUCCACAGCCUCACAGCGCACGUCAAGGAGGUCUACACGCUCAAGUGGAGCCCGACAGGCCCGCAGAGCGCCAACCCCGGGCUGCCGCUGCUGCUCGCGACGGCGUCAUUCGACGGCACCGCCAAGGUCUGGGACGCGGCGACGGGCGCGUGCCAGCACACGCUGCAGCACUACUCGGACCCGGACCGCGGCAAGGCGGGAGACCACUCGGUCUACUCGGUUUCAUGGGCGCCUGCCGGGAAGCUGCUCGCGACGGGCUCGAUUGACGGCAAGGUGCGGAUAUGGAGCGUGCCCGACGGCGGGCUGGUCCGUGAGUUUGAGGCGGCGGGCGGCGUGUUCGAGGUGUGCUGGGACAAGACCGGCGCGCGGCUGGCGGUCAGCACCAAUGCCAAGGUGGCGCACGUGCUGGACCUGCGGUAUUGA